AACACGAGGCUCUGCCAUAUGACCAAGAAAGACACGACAACAAGAGGCAGAAGCAUGACACACCCUGCAACCAGUUGUUUUGAUCUUUCUGUAAUGACAGGUGAUUUAGGAAUGUUGCUUGGCAUCGCUCAGGCUCCUCCUCUGCCAAAUGGUAAAAGUGAAACUAUCUAGUUCUCAAAAUGUGCAAUAAUAUCGUAAGUGUAACAGUUUGUGUUUUGAGGAACCUGUUAAUUUUCUGAAAUGUAAACCAAACAAACAACAAGAAACAAAAGUAUAGUUCAAAGUCAUUUUGUAAAAUGUAGGCUACCGUGUUUUGCUUUUUAUUUGUCUAACUACAGUAAUAUGCAAAAAAGACAACAACAACUACAGAGUUCCUUUGCAGGUUUAAAUUCAACUUUUAAAUGAUACCAUGGCCACAGGAAAGAGCGUUUAUGAAGAAAGUGAAACAAAGACAGCAAAAACCGUGAUUCAUGGAGAAUCGCCUGAACCCAGCUGUGUGUCCAUGAAGAGUGACUGGUCAAUGAAGAAACCACUUUCAUUUAGUGAGACAGACUCUUCUUCUGAUGUGAGUGCGUCUCAGAGAGAAUCUCCGGAACCCAGCGGUGUGUCCAUAAAGAGUGACUGGUCAAUGAAAAAACCACCUUCAUUCGGUGAGACAGACCCCAUUAGUGAUGUGAGUGUGCUUUUUGGAAAAUCUCCUGAAGCCAGCUGUGUGUCCAUGAAGAGUGACUGGUCAAUGAAAAAACCACCUUCAUUCAGUGAGACAGACCCCAUUAGUGAUGUGAGUGUGCUUUUUGGAAAAUCUCCUGAAGCCAGCUGUGUAUCUAUGAAAACUGACUGGUCAAUGAAAAAAACACCUUCAUUCAGUGAGACUGACCCUUCUGCUGACGUGAGUGUGUUUCAUGGAGAAUCUCCUGAACCUGGCUGUGCAUCCAUGAAGAGUGUCUGGUCAAUGACAAAACUACCUUCAUUCAGUGAGACAGACCCUUCUGCUGAUGUGAGAAAUAAGGAAGAUGAAUUAAUGAGGUGUGAGUUAAGCUACGCCAAAAAGAAGCAGCUGGACUCCAUUUUUACCGAACUUGAGAACAAAAUCAUCUUUCUGAUUAAGAAAGAGUUAAAGAGUUUCAAGAACUUAUUGAGGCCAGAUGACCCAGCACACUCUGAGAGCAAAGAGAAGGAUGACGGUCAGAAAAGAGUCAGAGAUGGCGUUUUGAAGAUCACACUGCAUGUCCUGAGAAAGAUGAAACAGACAGACCUCGCUAACAUGCUACAGACCAAACUGGCCCCUUUGUGUAUGAAAAAACACAAAUCCAGAAUAAAGGAGAAAUUUCAGAUAAUUAAUGAAGGUAUCUUAAAUCCAGGAAGUGCAACACUUCUGCAUGGAAUCUACACAGAGCUUUACAUCACAAAGGGAGGGACUGGAGAGGUCAAUACUGAGCAUGAGGUGAGACAGAUGGAGACAUCUACCAGAAGUGCAGAAAUACAGGAAACAUCAAUCAAAUGCAAAGACAUGUUCAAGGGGCGAAACAAACCCAUCCGAACUGUGUUGACUACAGGAGUUUCUGGAAUUGGCAAAACAGUCUCAGUGCAGAAGUUCAUUUUGGACUGGGCCGAAGGAAAGGAAAAUCAAGAUCUUCACUUCAUAUUUCCACUUCCUUUCAGAGAACUGAAUUUGAUAAAGGACAAAAAUCUCAGUUUGUUAGAGCUGCUUCGUCAUUUUUUCACAGACAUAAAAAAGAUGAGAUUAACAGACCUUGAUGACUUCAAAGUCCUGUUCAUCUUUGAUGGUCUGGAUGAGUGUCGAUUUCCUCUGGAUUUCCCGAACAAUCAGAAUUUGUCUGAUGUCACAGAAUCAGCCGCAUUGGACGUCCUGUUAACAAACCUCAUCAAGGGGAAUCUGCUUCCUUCUGCUCUGAUCUGGAUCACCUCUCGACCAGCAGCAGCCGAUCAGAUUCCUCCUGAGUUUGUUGACCAGGUCACUGAUGUACGAGGGUUCAAUGACCCUCAGAAGGAUGAAUAUUUCAGGAAGAGAAUAAACGAUGAGAGUCUGGCCAGUACAAUCAUAACACACAUCAAAUCAUCCAGAAGUCUGUACAUCAUGUGUCACAUCCCAGUCUUCUGUUGGGUUUCAGCCACUGUUCUCGAGAGAAUGUUGGGUGGAACAGAGAGUGCAGAGAUCCCCAAGACUCUCACUCAAAUGUUCACACAAUUCCUGAUCUUUCAGAUAAGACUGAAAUUCCAAAAGUAUGAUGGGAAAAGUGAGGUGGAUCCUCAGCAGGCCAGACAAAGUAUUCUGUCACUGGGAAAACUGGCUUUUGAACAACUGGAAAAAGGGAACAUGAUCUUCUACGAGGAGGAUGUGAGAGAGUGUGGCAUAGAUGUCAGAGAAGCAUCCGUGUAUUCAGGAGUUUGUACCCAAAUCUUCAAAGAGGGGUCUGGAAUAUACCUGGGGAAGGUGUUCAGCUUUGUACAUCUGACUAUCCAAGAGUUUAUUGCUGCUCUGUAUGUGUUUCUUCUUUUUGUGCACAGAGCCACAAAUCUCAACAGUUUCUACCAGUCAACAUUAAUUGAUUUUUUAAAGAGAGCAGUUGACAGGGCCAUGCAGAGUGAGAAUGGACACCUGGACCUUUUCCUCCGUUUUCUUAUGGGUCUUUCAUUGGAGUCGAAUCAGACAAUAAUAAGAGGCCUCUUCACAUUUACAGAAAGGAUCUCUCACAGCCCCCAGGAAAUAGUUGAGUACAUUAAGCAGAAGAUCAGAGAGAAUCCCUCUCCGGAGAAAUCCAUCAACCUGUUCCACUGUCUGAAUGAACUGAAUGAUCAUUCUCUAGUGCAGGAAGUACAAACCUACCUGAGCAGAGCAGGUGCCAGGCAUCUACAUGGAUUCCAACUGUCUCCUUCUCAUUGGUCAGCUCUGGUAUUUGUGUUGCUGUACUCAGAGGAAGAGUUAAAUCAGUUUACACUAAGUAAAUAUAUUCGAUCGGAAGAAUGUCUUCUGAGGCUGCUGCCUGUGAUCAAAGCAUCUACAAAAGCUAAUCUCAGUGGCUGUAAUCUCACAGAGAGAAGCUGCUCAGCACUGACCGCAGUUCUCAGCUCAAAUUCAUCAAAUCUAAAAGAACUGAACCUGAGUCACAAUAAACUGCAGGAUUCAGGAAUGAAGUUGCUCUCUGCUGGACUGGAGAAUUCAAACUGUUACCUGGAGACAUUAAUACUGACUGACUGCCGUAUUGGAGAGGAAGGAUGUGCUUUUUUAGCUUCAGCUCUGACAUCAAACCCAUCACACCUGAGAGAACUCAAUCUGAACUUCAGUACCCUAGGAAAUGUAGGGAUUAAGCUUUCUGAUGUAUUGACGGAUCCCCAAUGUAGAGUAGAGAAACUAAAACUGAACAACUGCAGUAUUCCAGAAGAAGGUUGUGCUGCUCUGGCUUCAGCUCUGAGAUCAAACCCCUCACACCUGACAGAACUGAAUCUGGGCCUUAAUAAACUAGGUGAUUCAGGAGUGAAGGGGCUUUCUGAUCUUUUGGAGAAUCCACAAUGUAAACUGCAAAAAUUGCAACUGUUUAACUGCAGUAUUCCAGAAGGAGGCUGUGCUGCUCUGGCUUCAGCUCUGAUAUCAAACCCCUCACACCUGACAGAACUGAAUCUGGGCUAUAAUAACCUCAGAGACUUGGGAAUAAAACUGCUUUCUAAACUUUUGGAGAAUCCACAAUGUAAACUGAAGAAGCUAAAACUGUAUAACUGCAGCAUAACAAAAGAACAAUGUGCUGAUCUGGCUUCUGCUCUGAGAUCAAACCCUUCACACCUGAGAGAACUGAAUCUAAAUGGCAAUAACCUUAAAGAUUCAGGAGUGAUGCUGCUCUCUGAUCUACUUAAGGAGAUACACUGCAAACUAGAGAAGCUACAACUGUAUAACUGCCAUAUUGGAGCGAAAGGUUGUGCUGCUCUGUUUUCAGCAUUGAGAGUAAACCCUUCAAACCUGGCAGAACUGGAUCUGAGCUGUAAUAAACCAGAAUGCUCAGCAUUGCAGCUGCUCUCAGAUCUACUUAAGGAUCCAAACUGUAAACUAGAGAAACUACAACUGUCUAGCUGCUGUAUUGAAGAGACGGGUUGUGCUGCUCUAGUUUCGGCUCUGAGAUCAAAGCCCACACACCUGAGAGAACUGAAUCUGAGAUGUAACAAAUUUGGAGAUUCAGGGGACAAGCUGCUCUCUGAUUUACAGAAGGAUCCACGCUGUAAACUGGAAAAACUACAUAAAGUAUAACAAAAACCUAAACAAACUGCCCCUAUUGGACAACCAGCACUGGAUGUGAUUCCUCCCCAGCGAAUGCAGCAUCAGUGUAACACUCAUCUUUAAAAUCCGUUUGAGCUCUUCUGAUGAUCUAUUACCUUCAUGACGGAUGUUUCAGCGCCUUUCGAUAUCUGGAGUGAAAGUCUUACUGAAAUGUCUAGCGAAUGUUUGAAAAUGUACUUGUAUUGCAGAUUAUCCUUGGUGGUGACAUUACUUUCUUCGCAACCACAACCUUUGUAAAGGUUUUUGGCACUUGGUAGCAUGAAGAACAAUACAGACAGACAGAUAUUUUCACUCACAACCGUCUUAUUAAUAAGUGUUUUGUGAUGUAACCUAUUUAGGGGUGUGUAGGUUUGUUAUUUUGUUGGAGGUUAAAUAUGUAAGGGUUACUGAUAUUCUCUAUGUACAGUGUGAAAUUGUACAAUAUGUUGUAUUAACAUAUUUAUUGUGUUUAUUGUUUGAUGGGGUGCACAACUGUACAAUUUUGGGAAACAAUGGUCUUCAUAAAGCCAGUUAUAAUAAUAUUGUUUCUUUUAAUCUAAAACAUUGCUAACUUUUUACACUGUUACUUUAUUUGCUUUUAUUAAUGUAGUGACAGCCAAACAAUCAACCAAUAAAUAAACAUUUAACCAGAGAUUCACGCCAAUCAGUGUAGUAAAACGGGAAAUAUAAUCUUCAGGUUCACAUUUGUUUUAAACCAUGUGUUUGUUGGGGUUCUAAUGAUAGCACGUGUGCAUCUUCCGAGAAAUCUGCAUGUCAAAACUAGAGUUUUUAUAUACUUAAACUAAAAGAUGUCUCUUUUUUUCAAAAGUGUUAAAAUUAGAACAUUAAUAAUGAUUUUCUAUAUAAUUAUUUUACUCUAUGCUUUGUUAUGUUGCUGAAGAUACGAGAAGGCAGAAGAUUACAUCAGAGCAAUAUUAGACAUAUUUAUGUUUCUCAUUAUUGUAGAGACCUUUUAUUCUCAGUACUCAUGCUGAAACUCCAAAAAAUAUAAAGGUUGUAAAAAAUACU